AUCCGCAACCGUGGCGAUCGGUCGUCAGCUCGCUCGCGUGCUCAACAAGAUCAUUCUUCUUGCGUUUAUCAGAUGCAACGAUGACGAAGAAAGCGCACGACUUGAGAAAUCACAAAAAUCUACGGCUCACCAUAGCUGGUAGUAUGAAAGACACCGUGAUAUUGCAACGUCCUAUCAAAGUUAUCAAUGCUCAGGAACGAGACGAGAAGCCCGACGAGGAUGAGAAUAAAAAUUACAUUGGCGAAUCGCAAAAAAAGACGAAAACGACAAAAGGAGAAUGUAAGUCAUCUACACCCGUACCAUUUUUCAAAUUGUUUAAAUACUCGACGGCCUGUGAGAAAUGUUUAAUGGUUCUCGGAACGUUAACCGCCAUCGUCACUGGUGUAGCCAUUCCAACCAAUAUUUACAUCUUCGGUAAACUGGUGGGCGAUAUGGUGAAAGCGCAAUUAGCCAUCAUAGGCGGCAACGUGUCGUUAGCCGAAAAUAUAACGAUACCGGAUGGACUGGCAGCGGAAAACACAUCAGCAGCCACGAACACGUCGACCGAUUUUAUCAUGGAUGCCGUGACGAAAUUCGCGAUUGGAAAUUGCAUAAUUGGAUCCAUCUUGCUGGCGUUCAGUUAUAUCGGCAUAAUGCUGUUUAAUUAUACUGCGCUCAAGCAGAGUUUUCGAGUUAGGACGAUGUAUCUUCGCUCGGUGUUACAUCAAGAUAUCGCUUGGUAUGAUGUGUCGAAGAGCGGGGAAGUGGCCAGUCGACUGACGGAGGACGUAAUAAAGUUCGAAGACGGGAUAGGCGAGAAAGUGCCGAUGUUUCUGCACAAUUUAUUCGCCUUUAUUGGCAGCAUAGCCUUGGCAUUCGGCAUAGGCUGGAAGCUGACAUUGGUGUGCAUGGCGACGGUGCCGAUAAUGACAAUCGUCCUCGCUUUCAUCGUGCGCGUGAGCUCGGUGCUGACCCGCCGCGAAGUAGAGGUGUACGCCGUUGCCGGCUCCAUCGCCGAAGAAGUGCUCGCUGGCAUUCGGACUGUGGCGGCAUUCGCCGGGCAGCGCAAGGAGCUCGCGCGAUACACCGGCAGCCUCGACAAGACCUACGGCAAUAACGCGAAGAAGGGCUUGUUGUCGGGAGUGGGUCUGGGGGUGCUCUGGCUGAGCAUGUACUGCAGCUACGCGCUGUCUUUCUGGUAUGGCGUCACUCUCAUUCUCGACGAGCGGCACUUGCCUCACGAGCUGCAGACUUACAAUGCCACGUCCAUGACCACGGUAUUCUUCAGCAUAAUGAUGGGCGCCAUGAGCUUAGGAGCUGUCACGCCGUUCGUCGAAGCUUUCGGCGUUUCGAAAGCUGCCUCGAGCAAAGUUUUCUCCAUAAUUGAACGGAAGCCUGCGAUCGACAGUUUGUCCGAUAACGGAGAGAAGCCGACUGAUGUCAGAGGCUCGAUUGAAUUCAAAAGUGUUUCUUUCGAGUAUCCCUCGAGAUCUGAAGUGAAGGUUUUGAAAAGUUUGAGCUUCACCGUGAAAAAAGGAGAAACGGUCGCUCUAGUCGGCAGUUCGGGAUGCGGAAAGUCAACCUGUAUUCAGUUACUUCAACGAUUUUAUGAUCCUAAAGACGGACAGAUUUUCAUCGACAAUUACGACCUUAAAGACCUGAAUGUGAAAUGGCUGAGAAGUUGUCUUGGUGUCGUAGGCCAAGAGCCAGUACUUUUCAAUACGACGGUAGCCGAGAAUAUUCGUUAUGGCGAUCUAUAUGCGCCCAUGGAAAAAAUUAUUCAAGCCGCGAAAGAAGCAAAUGCGCACGAUUUCAUCAUGAAAUUACCCAACAAAUACGAUACUUUGGUUGGCGAAAAAGGCACUCAAAUCUCGGGAGGACAGAAGCAAAGAAUAGCAAUUGCAAGAGCGCUUAUUAGAAAUCCGCACAUUUUACUUUUGGACGAAGCGACAUCGGCCCUUGACACACGUAGUGAAUCAAAAGUUCAGGCUGCUCUGGAUAAAGCACAUAAAGGAAGAACCACAAUCAUUGUAGCUCACAGACUUUCAACAAUAAGGAACGCUGACAAAAUAAUCGUGAUAUCGAAGGGUAGCGUGGUCGAAGAAGGAAAGCACGAUUAUUUGAUGCAGCUCAAAGGACAUUAUCAUUCAUUAGUCACUGCUCAGGUUUCUAUUGUCCCUACAGGUGGGCAAAGCAACGAUACUGGCAAUCAAGUUGACGAGGAUGAAGAAAUGGAACUGAUUCGUCAAAAGACGGAGACUAUCGAGAAGUCCAGGUCUGACGAGCCAAGCGUAUCAACAUGGCGUAUUUUGCAAUUAAAUAAGCAGGAAUGGCUUUUCAACGUUAUAGCUUGUAUAACAUCAAUAGUUACUGGAUUUUCCAUGCCGCUAUUUUCAAUACUCUUCGGUGAUAUUAUUGGGGUUUUAUCCCGCCCAAAUCCAGACGAUGUGCGGAGUGAAACAAACGUAUAUUCCUUGUACUUCGUCAUCACCGGAAUAUUAAUCGGGUCUACCAGUUUUAUUCAAGUUUACCUAUUCCGGAUCGCGGGUGAACGGCUGACGAUGCGAUUGCGAGGCCAUCUAUUCGAAGCGAUGCUGCGCCAAGAAGUCGGUUGGUACGACGAACCAGCCAACGGCACCGGAGCCCUGUGCUCGAAAUUAUCGACGGACGCGGCGGCCGUUCAAGGUGCGAUCGGUCAACGAAUCGGUACCAUCUUUCAAUCCUGCAGCACGAUCGCUCUGUCGGUCGGUUUGGCGCUGUAUUACGAGUGGCGGUUGGGUCUCGUCGGUAUGACUUUCAUACCGCUCAUCAUGGUGGUGACUUACGCCCAAGGUUUGCUGUUCAGACAGGAGACUUUGAACUACCACAACUCUCUCGAGGUUUCGACGAAGAUUGCCGUCGAAGCGGUGUCCAAUGUGCGCACGGUCAUCGGUCUCUGCAGGGAGGAUACGUUCUUUCAGUCCUACGUGAACUCGAUGGUACCUUCGCUGAACUUAGGCGUGCGGAAUACGCACUUCAGGGGAUUGGUCUUUGGUAUGGCAAGAGCUGUAAGUUACUUCGCUUACGCAGCUUGCAUGUACUACGGUGGAUAUCUCAUGAAAAACGACGGCCUGUUCUACGCCACUGUUUUCAAAGUAUCUCAAGCACUCAUCAUGGGAACGGUAAUGGUGGCGAACGCAUCGGCUUUCGCGCCGAACUUGCAGAAAGGCUUGAUAGCCGCCGAGCAGAUAAUCAAUCUAAUCGAGAGGAAACCCGCGAUCGAAGAUCCUGACUCUGCGUCAAACGAUAAUUGGGUCAGCCAAGCGAAAGUUGAUUAUAAACAAGUGAGCUUUGAGUAUCCAACGAGACCCGGCGUUGCUGUCCUGAAUCAACUGCAACUCAAUAUUCCUAGCGGACUGACGGUCGCUCUUAUCGGUGCGAGCGGCUGUGGAAAGAGUACGAUCAUUCAGCUGCUCGAACGAUUUUACGAUCCCAAUUCUGGCGUUAUCGAGUUGAGUGAAACUGACAUCAGAAGCGCAACGCAAUCAGAACUGCGGAAGCAACUGGGCCUCGUCUCUCAAGAACCAACGCUAUUCGCGCGCACCAUCGCCGAAAAUAUUGCCUACGGGGACAACGACCGCGACGUGCCGAUGGCCGAGAUAAUCGACGUCGCCAAAAAGGCGAACAUACACAAUUUCGUAUCGUCACUGCCGCUCGGUUACGAGACCACGCUGGGCGAUCGCGGCACGCAGCUCUCGGGCGGACAGAAGCAGAGAAUCGCCAUUGCCAGAGCUUUACUCAGGAAUCCCAAGGUCCUGCUGCUCGACGAGGCUACUUCUGCUCUGGAUUCGGAGAGCGAGAAGGUCGUUCAAGCUGCACUCGAUGAAGCGAAAGCAGGCAGGACCUGCAUACUCAUCGCGCAUCGAUUGUCGACGGUGAAAGACGCGGACAAGAUUUGCGUCGUCGAUCGCGGUACCGUUGCCGAGAGUGGCACUCACAAUGAGCUCAUCGAGACGAAAGGCAUGUAUUACGAACUGCUCUGCCUGCAGAAUUAAACAAUUCACAAGUUGUAAGAAUGAAAACUUACUUCAUUGACAACUGGUCGAAUGUAAUGGUUGAUGAUCGAAUGAUAAAAAUGUGAAUAUAUACCUUUUCUAAAAAUAACUUAAUUAUAGUUACAGUAGAAGCGAUAUAUCUAUAUAUAUUCUGUAUAUCAAAUCUAUAUUUCAGAUUGCUUUUAUAUCUUUUUUAAGCGUUACAUUAUAAGUUGAUAUACUAUUAUGAUUAUUAUAUUAAUGAAUUUAUCGUUUUCUAUUUUACGUUUUCUUAUACGAAAAUUUUCUUAUAAGUAAGAAUAAAAU